AUGGCGGAGUAUGUCCAUCAGACCCUAGAGGAAAUGAUUCCCGAGCUAGAGGAGAUGAAUAAGCUCGGUUUGUUUUCUGUGAAAGAAACGAAGAUUAUACUAAAGAAUCGAGAAAACCAUGAGUACAAGCUGCGACAGUUGACAAAGACAAAAGCAAUGUUUCUGAACUAUAUAGAUUAUGAGAAGAAAGUUCUGGAGCUGUUGAAAAUCAGACGGAAGAAGCUCGGACUUGAUUCCAAGAAACGUGAUAUUGAAAAGUCCAUUGCUGAUCGUAUUCACAAGCUAUACAGGCUUAUGAUCACAAGAUUUCCGGAAGACGUGAGCUUGUGGGAGCAACAUAUUCAGCUCAGCAAGGAUCUGAAAGAGAAGGCUUAUGUGACCAGGUUGUACAAUCAAGUUUUGAAGAUACACUCGCACAGCCAAGAGCUCACAAGAGGCAAUGCCAACUCAGAAUUGGCCAGAGAGAUUCUUUUGAAGGGACAAAGAGUGAAUCCAGAAUCACAAGUUAUUAUCCUUGAGAUGUAUCGCAUGGAACUUGAACUGGCUAAGCAGAUUCUCAAGAGAAAAGCUGUUUUAGGAAUUGCCACCAGUGAGGCACAGCCACAGGCCAGCAAUGCUGAAGAAGAUAAAGUAACAGAAUUGAAAUUAGCUGAGAUUGUCUACAGGCAAGGAGUUGAACUUUUCCCUGAUAACCCAGAGUUUCACCUGAAACUGUUCAACAUUUGUUGUUUCUUCAAAGAAGCCGAGACACAACAGAAGCUGAUAAUGGCAGACUUGAAACGACUGUAUCCUGACACCCCUAUUGUGUGGAAUGCACUGGCCUUGAGUAACCUUCAGAAAUUUAAGAAACUAUCCCCAGUCCAGCGAAAGGAUGCAAUAGCCAAGUGCUUGGAUAUAUACUCUGAGGCUGUAGAGAGAGUACCUACGG